AUGGCAGACCCACGAUUGAACCGCGUCGAGGGCACCUUGACCUCCCUCCUCGAAAGCCUCGUCCCUCCACUCUCUCCCGACCAAGACGACACUGAUACCGAAUUCCGCAUCGAACGCGCAAUUCAGAAUGCAAAAGAGACGGUUCUCGCUGCAGACGGCAGACUACCCCCAGACACCAACCAGGCACAGGAUUUGAUCAAGCGAAAGUUGCUGCGCGAGAAUGCCUCUCCAGAGAAAGCCGCAAGGUUCAGCAAUCUUUAUUCCAGACUUCUCGCCAUUCCCGUCCUCAACCAAAAAUGGGCCAUCCUGUACCUCCUCUACAAGCUGUCGGACAAGUCCACCCCUGAUGCGCGUCCUCGAAACCCUCUCGCAGAUUCGGAGCAAGUCGCAAACAUUCCGCGGCGACACACCUUGUCCCCAGAGACCACCUUUACUGCGGAGGAAGAGUUAGACGAUGAGGAGGAAGAGCCACAAUUACCGAAAGUGUCGAUUCGCACACGCCGUGCUUUAUCAACCAGAUCCAGAAAGCCAAAUGAGCAAGUGGAAAUUGCCACGGAAGAGGAGUAUCAGUCACAGACUCCAGAGCCAAAGGAAGAAAAGCCAGUUGCGGAGAAGCAGGAGCCACGAGUCAUUUAUCCUUCAGAAUUGGAUCUUCUGCGUGACUUGCCCUUCAAUCUACAAGGCGUGUCUUCUGCGCACCUUCAAUUCGCAGACAACGGCGCGCUCAAACUGCCACCAAGCCUGCCGGUUCCGAUUCUUUCUCUCCUCCACGCACUUGCAGAGCCUUGCCUGCUCUACCGGGGUUUAGCAGAAUAUGCUGCAGGCCAGGAUGGAGGCCUCAUUGAUCAGAGCCUCCGUUCCGCCAUCAACAACGAACUACGCUCCUACUUGAGUCUUGUUGCUUCGCUUGAGACGGAGGUUCGACAGGCCUUGGCCACUGUCCAGAACGCCCAAGAUCCCAAAGCGGUCCGCUUGACUGGCGUCACUUUGAAACGAUGUCUGAUCUGGACAAGAGAAGCAACCAUGGCCCUUCGACUUAUGAAACUGAUUGUCGAGGAUUCGAGGCAAAAGCGAGGGGGGCAAUUGUUGUCUCUUAUACACAACUUGUCCUCGUCCCAUGGCGACCCCUUUGUGGCGUCAUUUGCGGAAAAGCUUCUGACACAUGUUGCACGCCCGUUUUACGAGAUGCUCAGGCAUUGGAUAUAUGACGGCGAAUUAAUUGACCCAUACCACGAAUUCUUCAUAACAGAGCCAGAUCCUACUGCGCAGCCUCCGGUGGAUCAUCGACACGUAGCAACUUCUGUGUGGGAAGAGAAGUACAAGCUCGACUCAGGCAUGGUACCCUCGAUUAUAUCCUCCGAGUUUUCCAGAAAAGUCUUCCUGAUCGGGAAAUCUCUCAACUUCAUUCGCAACAAUUGCGGGGAUUCUGACUGGGUCAUCAAAUAUUCCAAAUCAAACUCGAGGUCGCUGGACUAUGCAAACACUGCCAAUCUCGCGCAGUCAAUCGAUGUGGCUUACCGAACGACAAUGUCGCGAUUGACGCAUCUGAUGUCGACAAAGUUUGGCUUGUUCACACACUUGACAGCGAUCAAGAAAUAUAUGUUGCUGGCCCAGGGCGACUUCUUCGAUCUCCUCAUUGAGUCGUUAGCUCAACAUCUUGAUCGCCCUGUGAAUUCAAUGUACCGACACAAUCUUACAUCACAACUAGAACAUGCCAUACGACAUUCCAACGCUCAGUAUGACGACGCCGAAGUGCUGCGACGAUUGGAUGCCCGAAUGCUUGAGUUGUCGAGCGGAGAAAUUGGCUGGGAUUGUUUCACUCUUGAAUACAAAAUCAGUGCUCCUUGUGACGUUGUCAUCACUCAAUGGGCUAACACGCAGUAUCUCAAGAUAUUCAACUUGCUCUGGAGAAUUAAAAGAGUCGAGUAUUCCCUCAGCUCGACCUGCAAACGCUGCAUGACGGGCGGCCGAGGAGUCCUUGCUGCAGUUAGUGACAAACUGGGUAACGACUGGAAACGCUCGAGAUGUGUUGUCGCAGAGAUGGUCCAUUUCGUCAACCAGCUGCAGUAUUACCUUUUGUUCGAGGUCAUUGAGGCCAGUUGGAAAAAGCUCGAAGAGGCUCUACAGAAGCCUGAAGCUACGCUGGAUGACUUGAUCGAAGCUCACACGAAUUACCUGAACAACAUUACGAAAAAGGGCCUGAUUGGGCAGCAAAGGCACCCAGUAACAGGUCAGCAAGAGGACAGCCUUAUCGUCCAAGUCCACCAUAUCUUGAAAUGCAUGCUUGCCUACCGAGAAGUCAUCGACUCGCUCUACUCGUACAGUGUUGCGGAGUACACUCGACGUCAACAAUUUAGUGCCAAAAUAGAACGACGGACUGCUCAAGGGAAAUGGGGGAUCACCGAGAAGGAUCUCUUGGGAGACUCGAGGGCCAGCACACCCACUUCUGUUGCAGGCGCAGGAGCCUUUAGGAGUAAUCAACUGGUUCUGGAAGAAAAUGAUUCUUCACUUCCAACAAAUGAGAAUAUACACAUUACGGAUGGUGAAACCCAUCUGAAUUCUCUGAGGGCACGACAACUGAAUCUGUCGGCCGAUUUUCGAUCGCGGCUCAGCAUGUUGUUGUAUGAUUUGGCACACCAACCAGAUGUCGAUUUGAGGUUUUUGGGAGUGGUCAUGAAUUUCAACGAGGUCUACCAGCCCGUUAACAUCCGGCGGCAACAGGCUAGACGGGCUCGAGAGAAACGAGAGCUGGAGCGAAAGGCUCGCGAAGCCACUGUCUCUUCUGAAGGCAACGUCUCCUUAGAAAAGGACUUGAACAGCUCCACAUCAAAGUCGUGA